CUAGCGCCCUAGGGCAACUGCGCCUCAUUCACGAUUCCUUAAAUCGUGCUCUUGGCCAUCGUUUCUGCCCAAACAAGCAACGAAAGAAAUUACAUCUUCGAGGCUGUAUCUGAAGUUUUAUCGCGAAUACGAUGGUCUGCAGAAAGUACAUAAGGCGACCCGCGCCGGCGUAGAAGAGCCCCUCUAUAAUUAUCACUUGAAUCGUCAAGCUAUCACAACAACUUCCGUUCGACACAUCGACAGAAACUUUCAGGCAACAUGUUCGACAGACUGCGCGAAAAGGCUCACGGUCGAGAUGAGAAGAGACCAUCCUUCGAUGGCUACCAACAACAAGCAUCUGCACCUGCGCCCGCCUAUGCAUCGGCAUCAUCCUACCAAGCACCUCCACCAUUCCAAACGCACUUCGCAUCAAUGUCCAUGCACUCAACAGAUGACUUGCGCUUCCUGCACUUCCCACCCCAGAUAGUGGACCAAUGCCGCAACACGAUACUCAGCGUCUGGCGAGGCGGCAUCCAGCGUGAAGGCAUGUACGGCAAUUCGCAAGAGUUCAAACUCUCAGGCUACCCCUGGUCCGCCAUGGGCUCUGAUGCGAUGGAAGCGCGUCGCCUCAUCGCUGCGCUACUGGGUACACUGCACAGUAUGGGCUGGAUUCUCAGUCUGAACACAGACGUGAGCAAGAGCCCCAACGACAAAGACACGCUCCUCUUCCGCUAUCAGUCCCCUGCGCCGGCACCGUGCGAUUGGUGCAGUAUCAGCUUCUCUCGAAGCGACAGAAUUCGUCUCGUUGACGCGGGUCCUGAGGUGUGCCAGGCGCUACCGGCUAGGCUGGGGCAAGAGUGGGUGAGCAAGGUAAGCCAGUACGCGCCUGGCAUCGAGGAGAUCAAAUUGCACGGCUAUCCCUGGUCUCCGACUGGGAAAGAGACGAUGAGGGCUAGGGAGUUGUUGCUUACCAUGCUGGGGACAUUGGAGGAAUACGGCUGGACGGUGUAUGCCAGUAUUGAUCAGAGUAUGUCUGGAGGCAGUCAGAAUACCUCCGAGACUGAUACGUGGCAUCUCUGCCGACCGAAGGGCUGGACCCGAGGACAUCCAGUUUACCACGGUCGAUGAACGACUUUGAUGUAACCUUGUCGCGCUGAAGCCCAGUGUUCUUUGUAUGGCCAUAGGUAUUCAGGUGUCACUACGCCGCUCAGGUGCAUCUGGUAUGGCUGUGGAUAUGGAGAUCAUAGGCAUAAGUGCGGAAGUCGAUAACCAGAUCACGCAAGUCAGUGAUAUAACGUGAACAGUCAAAGAAUGAUGUCCGAAUUUAUGACGUUGACAGCUUCCUGAUGCAGAUCAUUCUUUCGUACCUUGUUGCUGUGCGAAGCCAUCACCGGCACCAACCGAACUUGUGGAUUCCAUCUUCGCGCUAGUGACUGCCUUCCCCAAACACCAAUAUGAAUCUGCAGAAAUCA